AUGGCUGAAGACAAAGAUCAAGAUGGAGCGCAGAGCCGCUCUGGGCAGCCCGACACCGCGCCGGCUAUCAUGAUCAACACACCUGCUGCCAGUACUGGUGACCUUCCUAGUGGGAUUCACCUGGACUCAAUGCCCCAAUCAAAGUCGGAUUCCUCCGCUCAAAGCCAAGGCCAUACUCCCACCUCCCCAAGCGCUGAACAACACCCCAAGCUUCAACUCCAGACAUCCUUCGACAGCAAAGAGAGCCGACCAGCGAGCUCUCACAAUGUUUCGAGUCCCGUAAGGGGAAAAGGGCUGGAACGCGGGUCAUCCUUUUUGGAAGUUCCUGGAAGCGGGCGCGACAGACAGGGUUCGAUUGAUUCUCAAGAUAGCUCGCGAUCUCUCUCCUCUCAAGGCGGCCACACCGUUGUCGGAACAACUUCUGACAAGAACAAGUCCUCCCGAACCCAGAACGACAAGAUCAUGAAUGAUGACACGGCCUUAAAACCCGAUGCUGGCACUGAAGACCAUUUCCAGGUCGAAAACAACCCGUUUGCAUUUUCCCCUGGCGAGCUAAGCAAAAUGUUCAACCCGAAGAGUCUGGCGGCCUUUUACAAGCUGGGUGGUCUGGCAGGGUUGGAGAAGGGUCUUCGUUCUGACCGAAGGGCCGGCCUCAGCAUCGAGGAGAAGGGACUUUCAGGGCAGGUUACUUUCGAGGAGGCGACUGGCAAACCCAACGGGAGUGACCCGGAUCAAGCUUCGGCCCCGGCAGCCCACCAUGUAUCAAGUGAUGGAGAAGGCGAUUCGUUCCACGACCGACGUCGCGUAUACAAGGACAAUCGGCUUCCCGAGCGCAAGGGCAAGACUUUGCUGGAGCUGAUGUGGAUCACGUUCAAUGACAAGGUCUUGAUUCUGUUGUCCGUUGCUGCUGUGGUCAGUCUUGCUGUUGGGCUCUAUCAAACAUUUGGAAAGAAGCACGAAAAGGACGAGCCGAAAGUCGAAUGGGUAGAGGGAGUGGCCAUCAUCGUCGCCAUUGCAAUUGUGGUGAUUGUUGGUUCAUUGAACGACUUCCAAAAGGAAAGGCAGUUUGCCAAAUUGAACAGGAAAAAGCAGGACCGAGUUGUAAAGGCUGUACGAUCGGGGAAGAUUGUGGAAGUAUCCGUCUACGACGUGUUGACCGGUGAUGUCAUCCACCUCGAGCCUGGAGAUCUGGUGCCUGUUGACGGUGUCCUCAUCGAAGGCUUUGAUGUCAAAUGUGACGAAUCGCAGGCCACCGGUGAGUCAGAUAUCAUUCGCAAGCGAGCAGCCGACGAAGUUUUCGAUGCCAUCCAGAACCACGAGAGUCUAAAGAAGAUGGACCCAUUUAUCCAGUCUGGUGCCCGAGUGAUGGAGGGAGUUGGUACAUUCAUGGUCACUUCCACCGGUGUUUAUUCGUCGUACGGCAAGACUUUGAUGGCCCUCAAUGACGACCCUGAAAUGACACCACUCCAAGGAAAACUGAACGUCAUCGCCACCUGGAUUGCAAAGUUGGGUAGUGCCGCUGGUCUUCUUCUUUUCAUUGUUCUCUUCAUCAAAUUUCUGGUCGCUCUACCACAUAUGCCAAGCACGGUUACCCCUGAAGAUAAAGGACAACAAUUCCUUAACAUCUUUAUUGUUGUGGUCACAAUUAUCGUGGUCGCUGUUCCCGAAGGUUUGCCACUUGCUGUCACGCUCGCCCUGGCAUUUGCGACAACACGAAUGCUCAAGGAUGCCAAUCUCGUCCGACACCUCAAGGCAUGCGAGGUUAUGGGUAAUGCUACAAGUAUCUGCUCUGAUAAGACGGGUACCCUCACCCAGAAUAAGAUGCAGGUUGUUUCGGGAACCAUUGCUACAAGCCAUAGGUUUGGCGGAAGCCCAGCUUCGAACGAUGAUAGUGACGACGAAGACGAGGCCAUCGACACAAGCCACGAUGGAACAGCCCAGGAGCUCGUAGCGAUGCUGAGUCCAUCUGUGAAGGACCUUUUGCUUAAGUCUACCGCCCUGAACUCGACUGCCUUCGAGGGCGAGGUGGAUGGCGAGAAGACCUUUAUCGGCUCGAAGACGGAGACUGCACUACUUCUCUUUGCCCAGGCUCAUCUUGGAUUGGGACCAGUUGCUGAGGAGCGUGAGCGCGCCACGACACUGCAGUUGAUCCCUUUCGAUUCUGGCCGCAAGUGCAUGGGUAUCGUUGUCAAGUUGCCAAAUGGGGGUGCGAGGCUGUACAUCAAAGGUGCCUCUGAAAUCAUUCUCGCGAAAUGUUCGGAAAUGCUUCACGACCCCACAGCGGAUGAUCUCUCGACCAGCCAUAUGACUGCUCAGGACACCACUGUCAUCUCCAAGCUUAUCGACAGCUACGCAUCACGGUCGCUGCGAACUAUUGGUAUUGCUUACAAGGACUUCGGUUCUUGGCCACCCUCGGAUUUGCGGCGAGCUGAAGGAUCCCAGACUGAAAUUGCCUUUGAGGAGCUCUUUGACAGCUUGACGUUCAUUAGUGUGGUCGGCAUUCAGGAUCCUUUACGUGAGGGAGUCCUUGAAGCUGUGAGGCAAUGCCAAAAAGCUGGUGUUACUGUCCGUAUGGUCACUGGAGAUAACAAGCUCACGGCCCAAGCUAUUGCCAAGGAGUGCGGUAUUCUUCAGCCUGGUGGUCUUGUUAUGGAGGGACCUGAAUUUCGCAACCUCAGCCGUCUUCAGCAGGAGGAGAUUAUCCCCAGGCUACAGGUCUUGGCACGGUCGAGCCCAGAGGACAAGCGUGUGUUAGUCAAGAGACUCAAAGAGAAGGAUGAGAUUGUUGCAGUCACUGGUGACGGAACAAACGAUGCUCCUGCUCUGAAAACUGCCGACGUCGGUUUUUCGAUGGGUAUUGCUGGGACUGAGGUUGCGAAGGAGGCUUCAUCCAUCAUUCUCAUGGAUGACAAUUUUACCAGUAUUGUCAAGGCGCUUAAAUGGGGCCGAGCCGUGAACGAUGCAGUGAAGCGCUUCUUGCAGUUCCAGCUUACCGUGAACGUCACUGCGGUCGCUCUCACCUUCAUCACUGCCGUGUCAAGUGACGAAGAGAAAUCGGUUCUUACUGCUGUGCAACUUCUCUGGGUCAACCUCAUCAUGGAUACUCUUGCAGCCCUCGCUCUCGCUACUGAUCCACCCAUGGACAGCAUUCUAGACCGAAAACCAGAGCCCAAGCACAAUUUCAUCAUCACCCCGACGAUGUGGAAGAUGAUUCUUGGCCAGGCCGUGUAUCAGCUUACCAUUACACUUCUACUCUACUACGGAAGCCCCAAGGGCGUCCUGCCCCUGGUCCGCAUCCCUUCAGAUGGGGAGAUUGCUACUCUUGUUUUCAAUACCUUUGUGUGGAUGCAGAUCUUCAACCAAUGGAACAACCGACGCUUGGAUAACAAGUUCAACAUCUUUGAAGGGCUGACGAAAAACUGGUUCUUUAUCUGUAUCAGUGCUCUGAUGAUGGGUGGUCAAGUUUUGAUCAUUUUCGUUGGAGGCGCGGCCUUUUCUAUCAAUUCAGAGGGGCAGUCGGCCAAACUCUGGGGUAUUGCACUUGUUCUCGGUGUCUUCUCUAUUCCUUUCGGCUGCAUCAUCCGGCUGAUUCCCGAUUCAAUUAUCAUUGCUCUUAUCCCAGAAUUCCUUAAGCGAAGGGCCAAAAAGACUCCAGGAGUCAGGAUCUCAGACGAGGAGAUGAGCAUGUACCCUGAGCCACUGGCAGAUGUGCGAGAUGAGCUCAAGUUCCUCCGACGCAUGAAGGGAGGGCGUCUCAACAACUUGAAGUUUGCCAUCCAGCACCCCAAGGAAACCCUGCUCCAAGUACGCAGCCCGUCUCACUCUCGUUCAAAUUCGUUGUUGCCCCCUCCACAGACGCCGACCACGGACGAUAAGCUGGGAUCAGGGGCAGCCACCCCCGAAUCUCGUAGACGGUCCAGGUCAAUGCGAUCGCGCUCGAACUCGGCGCUCGGUGCGCCUACAGUCAUGGCUGGUCUUGUCGCAGCUGGCGUAGCAGCGGCAUGGUCACCGGUUGGACGGGCACCAAACGAGGAUGCAGAUGAGGCGAGCGAGCAAAGACAUGGAUCCAAGGCCGACGAUACCAAGUAG